UUUAAGCACCCUUGAUGCUCCAGAAGAACACUCCAUUGCGUGGCAAGACGACCAGCGCGGCCAUAGCGACGACGACGACGACACAGCUCACAGCCAGCAAGCGGCGCCACAUCGCUCAGUCGCAAACUGCCAGCCCUGGCCUGCCGCCUCUGACGGUGGUGGUGGUGGUGGUGAUGGUGGUGAUGGUGGCGGCGAUGACGUUGAACUGCUGUAGCCGUGCAUGCCGCUCGUGACGUGCAUGUGCCCGCGCUUUUGUCAUGGUCACGCUUGACCGCUCUCGUGCACAAGCGGACACGCAGCGGUGCCAGCGACACCCGAGGUACAGGCAGCGAGCUGCAGGCCAUGUGACGUGCGGUGUGCAGCGUGCAGCGCCCGCGGCCAUCAAGUGCCGAUGACCACUGCACGCAGUCGUUCACUCAAGUCGCUGCACAACCACGCUGCUGGCCCCCGCCGUGCAGCCAAGUCUGUCGUCGUAUGCAAGUGGCCGCGUCUUCAUGCUGCUGGCCUCCACACGGAGGAGAAGGGGGUCAAGCACGAGCUCGACGCUGAACUGGUCAGUCGUUGCUGUAGUCGCAGUGCGAGUCAUUGGCGAGUGUGAUGCUUCCUCCGACUAGGAUGGCCGUGAUUUGUGUGCUGCCCCAACUGCCGGCGUGUCUCUCCUCGCCACACUCCCGGUGUUGACCGGCGCCACGGGCAUGAGUAGCGCAGGGGUGACUUCCUUCGGGGUGACUUCCGCUACGGCGUGUUCCCUCCCUGGCUCGCGGGAUAUGCGCCUGUCAACCAUUCCACGAUCUUCGCCGGUCAUGUACGUUACUCUUCUCUCGCGUGACGUGUGUUACAGUCUUCGUGUGAUGUUACGAGCGUCGUAGUGACGUGUCACGACCAGAAGCUUGCCGUAUGUUGGUGCCACGAGCAUCGUAGCCUUGUCACUCGACAUCAUCACAUCGCCAGCAGCAGCGCCUGCCUGCACUUGAGCUUCAUUGGCUACGUGGUGUGUAGCUGUGUUGGAAUUUCACACACUAUCCGUCCAGUUCACUAGAUACGUCACACCCACUCCCACGUGUUGGAUGUUCUAAACGAUCUCUUACACUGUACGUCCUCAACGUGACACUCAGUACUUGUGUCACACUGGAAAUCUGUCCGACAUGUGUCAGCUUCACGUUAACAUGGAUGUCGUGUUGGAGGCUAGGUUGUGUGUCACGCCGUACUCUCGCCUAGUUACAUAGCACAACACGUCACACAGCUAAUCUGUGUGCGGAAGUAACGUCACGUCACCAGCACGUCCACUCCAAGCUGUGCACCCCAUGGGCUGUCGUCACAGGAUUGGUUAUAAUCUGCAAGUAGUCACUGAUGAUUAGUUGAAAGAUAAUCAUUACAAAACACAUCUUCUGUCGCCUUUGUCAUCGUCUCAGCCUCGGUGUGUAGCUCGUUGGUCUGUCGGAAUGCAGAGCAUCAGAACCUUUAUUUUCAGAGGUUAGCCAUCAGAAGUAUAGCAGUUGCUACACAAGCAUCCCAACGGAUUCCAAAAGAGUUGUCCCAAGACAGAUGCUCAGUCUCCACGUUCCCAAACUUAGGAACAGGGUCACAAUGAAAAGCUUUCAUCGUUUGUUUUAACACAUAAAAUGUUAAUUAACUUACAGAUGUCACAAGUUACUGAUGAAGGACAAGUCGCCGUUGCACUGGAGCCUGUUGCUGUGUGAGUAGAGCACAGAGAGCUCUGUAGACUACACCUAAACUCAGGCGCCACCUGUGGCAUCAGCAACCCUCUUCUCCUUCGGUUACAGUGGAGACUACAAGUAACAACGCCCAGUUCUCAGCCAUUCUCUGUUUGUAUCUUGUUGAUCGUCGACUAGAUCCUUGAUGGUGUGUGGGUUUGGAUGAUGUCACUGCCGACUUGUGUAUGCACGUCCAUGCCAAGCUUGCUGCAGUAGACUCUACCGAUGACCAGUUACCUGCAACGGCCAGACCCAGUGGAUUUGUUGAUCUGUAGGUUUGUUUUCUGAUUUGUUUGCUGAGGCACUGACCCGCGAGGUUCAAGUUCAUGUCGUGCUAGACUAUGACACGUGACCUUAGGUCACUAGCUGUGACGUCAGAAGGGUAGGUCUCUGCGUGGACAGUAACAUUGUCACAGUCAGGAUGCUUCUACACGUGCGCGUACCGCGUCCCAAGCCGGAAGUGACGUCUUCAGGCUGUUAGUGAGGUGAAACGUGGCGCCGUUGGCGGCAGGAGGGGGGAGUGGCCCGGAUGCAUGCGCUUAACAUGGACUGCUGCAGCAAGCGGCGCAUCCUCACCUCCAUGACCAGCGUGUGCGCAUGUGCAGCCUUUGGACUGCUGUGUAUCGCCGUGGCAACCGACUACUGGCUAUUCACCAGCGAGAAGUUCAGCGGAAAUGGCACGGCGCGUGCUCUGUAUACACACGUGUACAGCGGGCUGUGGCACAAGUGUCAGUACAAAGACCUGGAUAUCAGUCCGCCCACCUGCACCUACAUCAUUUACUUCACUGCUGAUGACGACAGAGAGGGACUAGGGCCCACAGAAGCUAUUCUGCUGAACAUCCGGAGGGCCACCGUGUUCCCACUGGUCAGCCUCCUCAUUCUGCUCAUCGCAGGCAUCAUGUGCUUCCUGGGUCACUGCCACAUCAGCAGGAAGAUUCUCACCUUUGUGUCGGGGAUCCUCUUCGUCCUCGCAGGUCUGUGCACGCUGGUGGGCAUCAUUCUCUACAUCGGCAGCAUCACGGAGGAGGUAGGUAACAAGCCGCGCGCCACCAUCGAGGAGCCCAAGUUCAUCUACACCUACGGCUCCUCCUUCAUCAUGGCUGUCGGCUCCUUCAUCCUGACGGAACUGUCGGGCGUGUUCGCUGUGUAUCUGUACAUCACCAAACACAAACACUCACAGCGCAAAAAGCUGCAUGCUUUGAAGACAGAGAGCAACGACAGGGUGGGCAACUGGCGCUACAGAAAACCCACGAGGAACGAGAACUCGCAAGCGCCCUCGCGAGACAGAUCGCAGUCGCGAGACCGGUCACGUGACCCGUCGGCGAGUCGCUCGGAGACCUACUUCACGUACACACCCAUCUCAGAUGCUUCUCACGAGCUGUCCAGCUACAUGUUCCAGCGCGACAGCACCGACAACACCAUCUCCACCACGGCCGAGAUGCACGCGCCGCGCCUGGACUCGCACGUGCCGCCAUCGGCGCCUUCUAUUGACAUUGUCAGGAGGACAACGCCAGUCUGAGGACAAGGACGAAAUCCCAACUGGGAAACAACUCUAAAGUAAUAAUGACAGCAAGGACACGGCUAGGUGUUUGGAAAUGCAAAUGAACUGUAAAUAUUUUGAACUCUCUUUUUUUUUUCAGGAUGACUCAAUACGAAGAGAAAGAAAAUUUUGAAAAGAUAACAAUUGUCCUUUGUAGGAGUGACAAAAUAAGUAGUGGGAAACAUGUAAAAUCCGUCAUGGUCAUGAGAGUUUGGAGUUGUGUGUCGAGAGAUAAACGCCGUGUAGAUCACAAGUAAGCAAACACGACAUAUGGGAGGCUACUCUUGUAUACAGGAGUAAGGUUACCUGGCUGCAGGCCUGUGAAAAGUACAGAAGGAAAACAAGCUUCUGUUCCACGUAAUCACCUGGAGUUGUGUCCCCAAACCACAGACGUGAACUGAAUAGGCCAAAUAGCAACUCCCACGCUGAAAACAUCGGCAGCUACCCGGGGUCAGCGGGUGAGAUAAGAGGAAGGGUUCACGCCACCAUUUUGAACGAGAUAUGACCGUUGGGGAAAAUUGUGUCGCAAGGCGGGUAAUUCAUUAUAACUGAACGGCUCACGUAUACUUACAUGCUUACAUAUACACCAUCAUCUGUAACGUUGACAACACCCACAAGUCUCCAUUGUUACCAUCGGUCUGCCAGCAGGUCCAUCGACGAGGUUGUACAAAUGUUUAGUAGGACGGACUAUGACCAGGUGUGUGAUCGUCUACUCUAUGCCCAGGACACACCCACCAUACCACCUGUUGCAGAAUGUCUCAAGGGGGGAUGAUCCAUGAGAUAAUGGCUGACAGUAGGGAGAGUGAGACAUUGAUAACAACCUGCAUGAAGAACACACAACAGGGGAAGCAAUGACAGGUGCUUGCACAGACGGACGACCUGACAGUAGGAGUGAUCUGUGGGAGUUCUUUGAUGUAGUCGGUUAUUCUCGAGGUAUUCACGUCCCUGUCAAUACUCAAACUAUGUUGAUUAGCUCUGGUGUACUGAGAAGGCAAUGCCUCUUGGCAGUCUAGACAGUGGGGAGAGGUCAGGUCAACUCAAAUGCCUCCCUUUUAUAAUACAAUCCUCCGACAAGUGCAAAGUACUGCUUCCUGUAAGGGACCUUACUCCUGCCUCAUAAAGGCAAUCAGACCAGGGAAUAUGUAAUAAAGGGAAUAUGUAACUCUAAAACUCGUAACCUGCAACUGUACUACUUGGCGGCUCUGUCAGUUUAAUCAGUUUGUAUUAUUUGCUGUCAUACAACAAAGUCCAUAAAGCAAGUCAAGUAACUUAAUUUUAGUUUCUAAGACUUCAUCUCAAAAUCUCAAAUCUGAUAAAGUGGACUGGCUUCAGGUUGGGAAAAGACUAGAAGAAAGUGUGCAGUACCUUGUGUCGAUAGACUGAGACUACGUUUUCAUCCAGAUACGAAUUGUGUGUGGUUUCUUGUUUGGAUUCGAACCGUAAAGCCCUUUCUUGUUUAGAGACAAAACGGUAUCUGCUUUUUGUUUAUAGGCACAAUGUCUGCUAGGACAUCAUUCUUCUGGAAGUUCCGAAGUGUGAGCCUAAUGACACAUGCACAAAAAAAAAAACCAUUUUAACAAUACCGAGUUCUCGCCGAGGAAUCUGAUUCUCCAUUGCGAAGUCUUUGACAUUGUCCAUGAUGAAGUCUUUGUCACUCUGAGUCUUUGCUGUUCUGCAUGGCAAAGCUGUUUUCACUGUGCACAGAGAAGACUUGCAGUCAACCCUUGCCUCGAGAACAUGAGAACAGCAUCUGAUGUCUGCAGUCAUCUCUACAUGGCAGAUGGAUGGUGUUGAGCUAUCUUCACGUGUAACUUGUCCUCGUCUCACAAGUAAAAUGGACAGAAGUUACUUCCGGUUGUUCUGUUUUCGGUGUUAGUUGUAUGGUCAUUAUUUUCCCCAGUUUCCUGCUUUGGUGCAUGGCACACAGUCUUUUAUGUCUCAGCCGCCAAAACCACUCACAGUUUCUCCAGGUGUGGAGUUCAGAUCCUGCGUCUUCUACAUACUACAGAAAAUUACUACCUAUGACUAUUUGUGUUUACCUUACUGGAUCUUUAGUGUGAAAGUUUCUUUUGAGACUUUAGUUGAUAUUCUGGUGGCUUCUGUAUCGAAGCAUAUUCUGUGUCAUUUUGAUUGAGUUAGUGAGGAUAGAAAGCACAAAGACGCCCCAUACCCUUAAAUGUCUGACAACUUUUUUUCUUAAGCGAAAAGUGAAGCCAGGCUGACUACACGAGCACUUCUGAUGUUUUAAGACCACAGGCAAGUCUCGCUGCCGUCGGUGAUCUCGUGACACUGACGAGGGUUUCCAGGAUUAUGAACGUCAUCGGACGAGAUCGUCGAGCUGUUUCUCUCCUUUUUACCUCCGGCUGGGCGCCACUUUCACUUUUUAUGUCUUAUCUAAUUUCCCUCGUGUCUGCCCAUGUCCUGGGCACUAGAAGUGACCCUCCUUUCCCUCUUCUUUGAUUCUUUGAUGCCGGUUAGAAGAUAAGCAAGAGCUCAACAGUUUAGCUCGUUCUGAGCGGACGGCUCUCAUCAAAGUCGGCCAUUGCCCACCUUCCGACCACUUCUUGUCACCUAAUUUGUUAUAAUAUGGCAGACUCAAGAUCACAUGCCAUCAGUCUUAUGUCUGCUGAAGGAUAUUUAAAUUUGUUUUAUAGUUUUGAUCCCCACUGAACCGUCCAAGACUCACGAUGAAGUGACGAUUGGACACUGUAGCCAGCUAAUAUCGCAAUUUGAAGGACAGUAUCACCGUCGACGAUCGAAAAAUACUUUGAUGAUGAAGACAGAUAUUUAAAAAAUCAUGCACGGAGAAAGUACCUUUUUAAAUUAGCUGUUAUAUGCCGUUGGAAAAGUUUUCUUGCGGCACUGUGAAAAGUUAAAACCAGGCCUGUAAGGAUUCACGAAAUUUACGGACACACACAGCUGUCUACACGACUUCAAACUGACUUUUUGUGGAUAUUCUUUUACAAAGACGCUGCUGCUGACACUUGUCAAAGACCACCGUGGUCUACAAGGGUUCCUCCCACCCCAGGUGGAGGAUGCAGCAGAACGACAAAGGGAACAUGGAUAGACUGUGCCUGAACAACGCCGUGAGUCUUACUGACUGUUUGUAGGACCAGGCCAUGCAUCCAGCCACUGAGUAACUGUUUGCUCCGUCUCCACCUCAAAGACCUCCAGACAAUGGCUUUGGUAGAUUCGAGUGAUGCAUUUACCAUAGCUUUUCACAGUCCUUUGAGAUGACUAUCAUCCAUUUCUUGUGCUCAGUGACGAGCCGAGCUUUACCAAAUCAUGCAUUUGCCAAAGUCCAUGCUGCAGCAUCAAAAUUACAUUUGCCAAAGUCCAGAUUACGAUAUCGCAGUUCAUUUUGCCAAAGUUCAGACUACAGAAUAGGAAGGACAUUCUUGUUAACAACGACAUCAAGUCUGUAAAGUGAAUUUUUGCAGCUCCUCUUCCCUUGUAGCAUGUGGUCAAGCAUCUCCAUUGUCCUUGCACCUGUUACAACCUGGCUGUGUCUCCGUGUGAUCAUCUGUUACAACGUGAAUGCACUUCUCUACCAUUUUCUCUCAUGUCUCUUUUAUAUCCUUCGUUUUGUGUUGUGGACAUAGCAUUGUGUGUACUAUGUGUGUAACUGUACAGUGUCCUGAUCAGCACACAGGCACGUGACGUGGUGACGGUUACGUGUGAUCAAUGUCUACCACACACACCACGUGACUGUCCUAGCUCUGUACAUAACAAUGAGAUUGCUCACUUGAAAUUGCUCACUUACUUUUAGACAAGUUUUGUCGCUCUAGUUUUAGGCCCUUAAGGGGCAUCUCCUUUGAGGUUGUACUUUAGGAUCGCCGUCAUGGGUUGUCUCGCAAGGAGUCCAGUUUUUAUCUCACGUUGUGAUUGAAAUAUUAAUGUUAUUAUUUAUUUCAUAUUCCUAAUACCAAACUGUCAUAACGUGUGUGCGUGUGAAUUUGUGGGUGGUUUCACGCAGAACAGAUAUAAGAACGGAUGUUUGUUUGAACCCGUGUAUGUAUCAUUACAAUAAAGACAGGAUUUCUUGUAUGCACACGUGCACCACUGUACGGGGUAUGUUUAGUUGUUGUGUAGACAACAAGGAUGACAACAUCACUGUGGCUUCAUGACAACAUCUCUGCGUCAUGUCAAGGGCUGAACACCUUCAGCAAUUGUCAACUGAGUCUCUUCAGACGCGUCAUGACAGUCAGGUAGCAUCAGCAUCAGCCACUGAGACACCCGAUGACGUAGGUCAUCAAUGAAGUCAGAACCAACGUGUACUGGAUGACGUAGCUGGCUGCCUGUGUGUCUGUAAAGUGACGUCAGCUACAACCGUCAGUCUAUACAAGGGACAUAACAAGCAGCCUUGACGGCUCUGUCAGUACUAGUGACACCAGAAACAGCUGCGAUGAUGAAGUCUGUAUACAUAAAUGUUCUGUAGAGAAGCUGUCUACAAGGAGCAGGUCCCCACAGGGGUCAACUCUACCUCUCCCCGCCAUUUCACAUCAGCAUUAACUGCAACGAGGCCCUGGGGUCAUUCACUCCUCGACUGAGGGUCUGGGGUCAUUCCGUACCUGAACUGAGGGACUAUGGUCAUUCAUUUCUGCCGGCGCUGGUGUCAUCCAUGUCUCAAGUACGUCGCCCGUCGUCGCCACCGUAGCACGGACAUCAUGCUGCCUGAUGCUGAAGCUGAGAACACAGUAGGUUCACCAACAACCACAAAGUCGUUAGCGGACAGGAAGGACAGGAUUUGUAGCUCAGCGUUGACCACGUGGUACAGUGUGACGUAGAUGGGGGACACGUUGCAGUCGAAGCCACUUCACUAAGACCUGCACACUGUCUUGCGAAUUACUCCUGUGUUGCUCUCUGUGUGUUGUUUUGCAAGUCCGGUGCUACUGCUUUGAGAAUUUCUGUCUUGCCUGUACAUUGUUUUUAAAGUAAGUUGCUCUGUAAACUGCUUUUACAAUGAACUUCUCAAUUGCGACAUCCGCUGAUGCGACAAUACCUUUUAUGUUCUGUUUACUAGUGUUUGGUCAAUAACUUUAUAUGUUGUUCUUGCCAUCGCAUUGAAAAAAGCUUCUGUACUCCACAAAAUGUUCUAAGCACUAUCUUUGUUUUUUCCCCAGAAGACACUCAUUCUUGAUAUGAGAUUUACUGAAACAGUCCAACGGGAUGUCUUGGGCAUGAGUUGGCAUGAGACUGGAAACAGGAGACAGACACUAGACAGUGAGGUGGGAUCUGAAUAUGGCACAAGUUUUGAUUUUGUUCUCAAAUAACUUGACAAUAAUGUUACAGAAACUACACUGUACAUUGGAAUCCCUCCUCUCAUAUGCCUACUAGCAAGAUUGUAAGCUGUGUGUAUGUGUGUUUAUUUGUUUAUUGUGUGGAAGCUUCGGAAGCAGAGGGGGAAGAGAAAGGGAGGUACACCAGACACAAGGCUAGCUGACUGUUGUAGGUUCCUCUCUAAUUAGAGUAGAGGUUGUGUUUCAUUAGUUAACCCCUGACCUGCUGUCCUGUCACCUCUCAGCAUGUCUUCACCUCCCGUCAUUAGGUCUCAGUCACACUCCGUGUACAAAUCUGGUUUCCUGUACACGUAUUCAGACACAUCACAGCAUUUUAUUAUAUAAUCCUAUUUUGUUGUAGCAUGCCUGAGGUGCCACAAGUGCACACAGGUCAUUCCUUCUCCACGCUAAAUGCAGUGAGGUGCAGCUAACAAGAGGGUCCGUCAGUCCGUCACUCUUUCACUCGCUUUGAGUGGUUUGUUUUCGCAGACCAGGUCAUCUCUUUGCUAAAUAUAGUCCUUCUUUCUGUCUUUAUUUCCCUCCCUUCCUCCUUUUAGAUUCGCUCCUCUUGUAUUCGUUCUUUUAUCGCUCAUCCCUUCACUCAUUUCUCAUCAACAGAUCAGGUCUUUAUUUCUUUCCUCCUCUCUUUUCCUCUUUUUUUUUCUCCACGCACGUCUGUCUAUGAGUAAGAGAGGGCGAGAGUUGUAGAGUAAAGAUAGUAGAGUUCCACAGUACGUAGAAAUGUUGGUCUACUCCGUGUGGGGAACACUACACACCCCGUAAAGACAGAGAGAAUAAGAAUACCUGAUGUCAAGUAAGGAAAUCAAACAGUCCUGAUGACUAGUGUCUGUAGGGUGUGUACUGUGUCAUGUGUACUGUGUCAUGUGUACUGUGUCAUGUCAUUGCUGUGUUUACAGCGGAAUGCAGCUGUCUAAUCGUUCCUGUGUUUGAGUUCUCUCCCUUGGAGCAAUACCACUGAAUGUGAAUCAUAACAACACGUGUCCAGCUCGUCUCAACACAACAAGUGGCCGCUUUGUGUUUACACAAUUCUUUCCGAUAAUUUCUUUCUGAUUGCUUUGCAUGUUAAUGUGUGUCGGGGAGUUGGUUGUCCUCUUGCUAGUGUGUAUACAUGUGUUUACUUUUCUAAAGCUCAUAUUCUGCUACUUAUCUUUCUCAUGAUACGUUACCCAGGCAGAACACUUUUAGUUUUGCUGACAUCCACAUUCAGCAUCCUACUUUGCACUCAUCCCCGUACAUUUAUAUAGCAUCCCUCAAUACGUGGUGGGAGAUGGGGUACUAAUGAUCAACAGCCUUUUCAACUUGACGAAACUCUGUGGUCUGAUGCUCGAGUGGCUGCUGUGCUAGCAGGAUGGCUAAGGCCUAGCAGUCAGCUAAGCAAUUAUCUUGAGUAAGUGUUUAGCUGACUGCUUGCCGUUCACCACCACCAGGACCUAGCCCACCCUUGUGUUGUGAAAGGCUGAUAAUGAUGAUAACCACUCAACCACAGCCACUGUUCUGCUCCCUGCACACUCACGUGAUGUACGAUGUAAGGUCACGAGGACUGCGAUGACGUUGACGAUGAGGACGACAGCGUGACGAGCGUUAACAUCCUGAACAUCAGUUCUACCAGGCGUGUUGUGUGUCCCCUCCCGUCCCCUUUGCCCUUUGUGCUGCAUUCCACUUCCCAGUCUUUUAAACUCAUGGAAUGUGUAUGUAUACCUGUGGAGAUAUGCAAUCUGUUGAAUGUACACUGAGGCAUGUCUAGCCACCAUCCAGGCGCACUGCCGCAGUUGUAAACGGAAGCAGUGGCACCUGUUGUAAUAAAAGUAGUAUGUGAGUGUUGGAUGUAUUUUACUCUAGUUGUAGCGAUUGGAAAUGAACCUUUGAAGUAUGAA